AUGCCGUUUGGGAUAAAGUCGGCACCGGAAGUGUAUCUACAAACUAUUUCGGAGUGGUUUGGUGACCUUUCGGGUGUUUUGAUUUACUUUGACGACUUUUUGGUCCCCUGCGAAACCACGGAAGAACUUCAUUUCAAUUUACGUCAAGUGCUUGUUUGUUGUCGCCAACACAACCACAAGCUCAAGCUCAAAAAGUGUAAAUUUUUCUUAAAGGAGGUGCUGUGUCUUGGCCACAUCAUCGGCGAGGGCCUGGUCAAAGUUGACCCAUCCAAGGUGGAGGCAAUCGUCAAUAUGCCGGAGCCUAGUGGCAAAGCUGACUUGGUCCGUCUUCUGGGAAUAGCCACGUAUUUGGAAAAAUUUUGCAACAACCUGGCCGGCGUUACUCGUACCCUGCGAGAUUUACUGAAAGAGUCGUCUGCAUGGGUCUGGGAGGAGCCGCAAAGGGCUGCGUUGGCUAAAUUGAAAGAAAUUAUGUCUUCGUUGCCCACCCUGCGCAGGUUUGACUUUGAAGUUCCAGUGUUCACGCAUCUUUUUGCCUCUGCAUGUCCCAACAAGAAGAUUUCUCAAAUUAUGACGUAA